AUGUCUGUUCCAUCUUCGAAACCGUCACAACCAGCACCAACAACAUUUAAUGAACGUCUUAAUGAGCAGCUUGUCAACUGCUUAAAUGUUCAAACAAACGUAAUACAAAAUUUAUCUCAAUAUUCACAACAUAUUUCAUCACAAUUGUUCGAAAUUAAGAACAUUGUCGAAAUACUUUCAAAUCGAGUAUUAGCUCUUCAACAACAGCAACAAUUAAAUCAGCAAUCUCAUUUUGUACCAAGUCAUUAUGCACCAUCUUACUAUCCAAAUUAUAUGCCGCAACAACCAAUACCAGUUUCUCAUCCGCCACCAUCUUCUCAUCCUCAUGUUCCUCCUCCGAUUCCAUUUUCUGUUCAACAACAACCUGCUACAGUGCGUAUGCCAAUAACGACAACUGCCACAACAAGUUCAAAUCUUCCAUUUUUUCCUUCAACUGUUGCCAAUCCAUCCGUAUCAUUGUCACAAAAUGUACCAUCAUUUCAAUUUUCUGCAUCUGCACCGAUACCAACAGCACAACCAGCAAUCGCUAAUUCAAUACCAACAACAACGACAUCAGCGCCAUCAAUCUUUUCAAACUUACCGAAAUUCAUCAUGGCUGAUACAACAACUAAACCAUCAUCCUUACUUCCGACAACGACAACAACAACUCCAUCGAAUAUUACUCAUGAAAAGGCAACACAUAGCAGUAAGUUAUUUUUUUUUAUAAGCAUUAUUUAAAACCGAUCGAACUCGCCGGGUGAAAUUCUUGAUUUAAUUAGUGCAUUCGAUAUAUCAAUUACCCAAUCAGUUCUUUCGAGAAACAGUAUAGUACUUCACUUGCAUGAGGACAUAUAAUGUGAAAUUCAUAGAACCGUUGAAGUUUAUCAUAGUAAGGAAACCUAUUUAAGUCUAUCAUGUUUCAUUUAUUAACUUGAAGCAACUAAAAAUUAAUAAGUUAGAUGUAUUCUUGAGAUCAUUAAUACAACUGAAAGGCAUUCCUAUUCGUAAAAGGAUACUAUUGUCGGUAGAAAGAGAGUACGUUUUUUAUACUAACCUUACUAUUUUAAAAGUUUUUCAAUAUCUAAAUAUAUUCACAGAGAUGUAUGAUACUAAUGCUCAUUAAAAAUAAAGUAGAUGAGUCUGUUUCGAAUAACUCUGAAUUGAAACAAGAUAGAGCACUGCGUUUUUCACUAUAGGAAAGAGGAGAUGAAGGCCGCAUGGAAUCAUGUAUUUUAUGUUCUUCUUAGAUAUUUUCUCAGGUUUCGUUAAUCAAAUUUAAAAAAAAUAAGAAGAAAAUGUUUUCUUUUAACGUAGGAACAAAAACUAAAAUAUGAUGCUUUUCACGGUUAUUAUUUGAAAGAUGGGCCGCGAAUUUCGACUAGAAUAGAGAUGACUGUUGAAUAACUAAAUCUAAAAAUCUUAGGCUGGCAUAAUUUUGUAAAUCACUCAUUGGCAGUUUGAAUGCACAUCUGAUAAUUGACAAUUCACUAUAGACAACUCAGAGAGUAUGUUAGUAGUUGAGAAAUGUCGAUUGAAAAAUUUAAGAGAACCAGGUCAAAAAAGUUUGUAACAUACGAUCUAAUAGGUCUUCAUCUCUUUGUGAAUGUGAAAACCACAUCUCUGUCAGGUAUCUAGAAAAAAUUAUUAAAAAAAUUUGUGUCCGCCUUGUUUUUCUGAAAUCGGUAUCAGUAAUAGGCAAGACCUUGAAAACUACUAGCUGUUGAAGUUCUAUGUGAAUUGGUUAAACGUAGUUCUGGAAAUUGUGUUCGAAAUGUCUAGGUGAAAAAUGUUUAGUUUAACCUGAAAUUAACUUACUAUACCUAGCUAGUUUUUCUUGAGUAUAAUAGAUUUAUUCAACAUAAUUCGCCGCUCGCAUCAUAUAAUAAAAAAGUGUUAGUUUAAUAUGUAGAGUUAGAAUUUUAAUGAUGACUAGAAAUUUGUUCGUUGGAAACUUUCAGGCGCAUGUCUCUUGAUCAUUAAACUCUUGGAAAUCGUUAAAAACCAACACUAGUGAUUGAAAAAUAGAAUCAAUAGAAGAAAUAUAUUUAAAAACUGUUCUAAUAAUUUUCGUUUAUAUAUGGGCAAUUCCAUUCGUUAGGGACGUGACGUCGCAAAAUUAGAAUGCUUAUAUCUCUGGUUAAAAAACUUCUUUAGAGCUAGUUUUUUUAUGACAUAAGCAUAUUAAGUUACCUUAUGUAGCCUGAAAAAUUCAGCCAUAUAACUCUCCGUUUAGAGAAGUUACCAGCAAAAAGUAGCGUUAGGGACGUGACCAAAAAAAAGACAUAAACUUUCACUACGCCUUCUUCAGCUUAAAAAAACUACGAAUUGAGGCAGUAUUCUUGAAAAGUAAAUAGUACAUUUUGUAGGUGACAUUUGCUAGUACAAAACUUCUAUCU